AUGCAGAUGUCCCACAGAGCAGUGCAGUGUUUCACUGUCAUGCUUCUUGUUGUCUUUACCGCUGGCCAGUGUCAACAGAACGAGAGUCGCCGAGCUGUGACUGAACACCAGCUGAUGCACGACCGCGGCCGAACCAUGCAGAGUCUCAAGAGGCUCAUCUGGCUGUCCAGUGCCAUGGAAGGUCUCCAUACCGCCCAGACUCGCUCUGCAGCUUUCAACCCCACAAAGCCACUAAGCCUGGCUCUGAAUCCAGCGCUGAUCCCUGCUGCUGGAAGCCCCAAACCCACCCGGGUUCAGAACCUCCUGAGAGACUUCUUUAAUCCAUACCUGACUCAGCUGCAAGACAGAGAGUCCUAA